UCCCCCGUGUAAGAGUGAGGUGGAGGAGGACAUUCCAGUCCAUGUGACCACAGAAAAUCUCAGUAGGAACUCUGAAGAAAACUUCAGGUUAUCACAGAAUGAUAAAGUAGAAGACGAAGAUCUCGUGCAGUUCUCGUCACAAGAAAACCUCAUUACCAGAAAUGUACAUCGUGGACUUCAUAAUACUGAUCUGUCAUAUUAUCCGGCGAAGCGUGAGGAACCUUCUCCUGACCAAUUACAGAUUGGUGCCACAAGUACAGAUCAGAAAGAGGAAACAAGUUUUCAGUGCUGGGAAUGUGGAAAACAGUUUCCAUACCGCUCAGGUCUUCUUAUGCACAGAAGAAUUCACACAGAAGCAAAACUGUACUCCUGUUCAGAAUGUGGGAAACGUUUUGCAGACAAACCAAGGCUUGUUGCCCAUGAGAAAAUUCACUCAAGUGAGAAGCCAUAUUCAUGUUCAGAAUGUGGGAAAUGUUUUGCAAAUAGAUCACGAUUUGUUAUACAUGAAAGAACUCACACAGGAGAGAAGCCGUACACAUGUCCUGAAUGUGACAAAUGUUUUAUUCAUAAAUCACAACUUGUUAGACAUAAGAGAGUUCAUACAGGAGAGAGGCCAUACUCAUGUUCAUUAUGUGGGAGACGUUUUAAAACUCAGUCAUAUCUUGUUGUACAUGAGAGAACUCACACUGGAGAGAAGCCGUAUUCAUGUUUAGAAUGUGGGAAAAAUUUUGCAGCUAAAUCAAGUCUUUCUACACAUCAGAAAACUCACACAGGAGAAAAGCCACACACAUGUUCUGAAUGUGGUAAAUGUUUUCCUGAUAAAACUCAACUUUCUAGACAUAUGAGAGUUCACACAGGAGAGAGGCCAUAUUCAUGUGCAGAAUGUGGGAAAUGUUUUGCAGAUAAGGUAAAUUGGGUUAUACAUGAGAAAAAUCACAAAGGAGAGGGGAUGUAUUCAUGUUCAGAAUGUGGGAAAUUUUGUUCAAAUAAAUCAAAUCUUUUUCGACACGAGAGAAGUCACACAGGAGAGAAGCCGUAUUCAUGUUUAGAAUGUGGCAAAUGUUUUACAGACAAAACAAGUCUUCUUACACAUGAGAAAAUUCAUACAGGAGAGAAACCGUAUUUUUGUUUAGAAUGUGGGAAAUGUUUUGCAAAUAAAUCAAGUCUUGUUACACAUGAGAGAAUUCAUACAGGAGAGAAACCGUAUUCAUGUUCAGAAUGUGGGAAAUGCUUUGCAGUUAAAUCAAGUCUUUCUAGACAUCAGAAAACUCACACAGGAGAGACGCUGUACACAUGUUCUGACUGUGGGAAAUGUGUUCCUGGUAAAUCACAACUUGCUAGACAUAUGAGAGUUCACACAGGAGAAAAGCCGUAUUCAUGUUCAGAAUGUGGGAAAUGUUUUGCAGAUAAGGCAAAUUGGGUUAUACAUGAGAAAAACCACAAAGGAGAGGGGAUGUAUUCAUGUCCAGAAUGUGGGAAAUAUUGUUCAAGUAAAUCAAAUCUUGCUGGACAUAUCAGAGUUCACACAGGAGAGAAGCCGUAUUCAUGUUCAGAAUGUGGGAAAUGUUUUACAAACAAACCAAGUCUUGUUACACAUGAGAAAAUUCACACAGGAGAGAAGCUGUAAUCUUGUUUAGAAUGUCAGAACUGUUUUAUUUCUGCAGCCAGUCUUCUGCAUUAUUAGAAAAGUUACUGUAGAGAAGCCAUUUUGAUGUUCUUUAUAUGGAAAAUGUUUUACCCAGAAAUCAAAUUUAGAAAAAUUCACACCGAGAACAUACUGUAUUCUUGUAUGGAAUGUGGGAAAUGUAAUAAAAGCAAGAAAUAUGUUUAACCUAUAUUGACAGUAUGUAAACGUAUGACAUAGUGGAAAAGGAAAGACUCCCUGUGGAUUUUGUAUUGUUGUUGAGUUUUUUUUUUAAAAGGUAACCUGUC